UCCUCUGUCGCAUCAGCCGCACCUCCAGCGCUCUGCAGGAUUCUGGACAAAACUCCCACCUCUGGAGGAAUAAUGGGUGCCCACGGCUCAAACCUGGAUGACAUACUGGAGGAAGACAUGCAUUACUGGUACACCAAAUUCAUGAAGGAGUCCCCCUCAGGGCUCAUCACUCUCUUUGAGCUCAAGACAAUGCUUGAAAUGAACGGUAUGACAGAGGAGGCCAGCAGCUAUGUGGACCAGGUCUUCUUCACCUUUGACAUGGAUGGGGAUGGCUACAUAGACUUUGUUGAAUACAUAGCAGCAAUAAGUUUGUUACUGAAAGGAGAAAUAAACCAGAAGCUAAAGUGGUACUUCAAACUUUUCGAUCAAGACGGAAAUGGGAAAAUUGACAAGGAGGAACUAGAAACUAUAUUUAAGGCAAUUCAAGACAUCACCAGGAGCUACGAUGUGCCCCCAGAGGAGAUUGUAAAUCUCAUAUAUGAGAAAAUCGAUGUCAAUGGAGAAGGUGAGCUGACGCUGGAGGAGUUCAUCAGUGGGGCAAGGGAGCAUCCUGAUAUCAUGGAUAUGCUCAGCAAGAUGAUGGAUCUUACCAAUGUCCUGGAAAUCAUUAUCCGAGGUCAGCAGAAGAAAGCUGUGAACUGA